AUGGAAUAUAAAUAUACAUUAAUACUUCUAUUUUAUUUGCCAGUACUAAUUACAGGUCAAUAUACUUUAAGAGGGGUUCCUGAAAGUUAUGCAGUGUUAGGUGAAAAUUAUGCAUUACAAUGUACUGUUACAGAUUCACCUAGUCUUGUAGAUUUCCCCAGAAACAAUGUUGCUGUAUGUAAUAUAUUCUCUCAAAGCUGUAAUGGUCAAUCAACAGAUAAUAGAUAUAAAUGUGGAUGUAUAAAUAAUAACAACAAACAACUAUAUCUCAAUAUAAGUAAUAUAAAUAAACAAGAUGAUACAACAUGGUCUUGUAGAGGUAAUUCUGGUGGACAAGGAGUAACUAAUGUACCAGUUUAUUAUGGUCCGGAGAAUAUAAUAUUUAACCCUACUAGUGAUAAUAUAGAUGUUAUAGAAGGAAAGAGUCAGAGUGUCAACUGUUUAGCUGAUUGUAAACCAGAUUGUAACAUCACCUGGUCUAAAGAUGGUUCAACGACAAUUCUAAAUAACACUUUAUCACUUAGUACUAGAUAUCAAACUGGUUCUUAUAACUGUACAGUUAAACAUACUGUAUUAAAUAAACAACUUACAAAACAACUUAAUGUUCAGAUUUAUUAUGGUCCUGAUGAACUUACUUUCUCACCAGAUGUAAUAAGUGUCAAUAUAAUAGAAGAUGGUCCUGAUGAACUUACUUUCUCGCCAGAUGGAACAAGUAUCAAUAUAAUAGAAGGUGGAGAUCAAACUAUAACAUGUUUAACUGAUUGUUACCAAUGUAAUUAUAAAUGGACUGGACCUGUUUCAUCAUCAACUAAAGAUCAUGUAUUGACUCAAAUAAAAAGAAAUCAGGAAGGAAACUAUACAUGUGAAGCUACCAAUAUUAAAGAUACCAUCCCUAAAACAAGAUCUAAAUUUGUACAAGUUAAUGUACAUUAUCCACCAUAUAUAACCAGUAUAACAUCUAAUGCUGUAAAUAACGAAACUGAUGAAGGUUCUGAUGUUAUAUUUAACUGUAAUGUUGAUAGUAAACCAGUAUCUACUAUAACCUGGUCAUCUUCAACUAGUACUGGUACUAACACUGGUCAACAGUGGACAUUACUUCAAGCUAAAUGUCAGGAUACAGGAAUCUAUACAUGUACAGCUAAUAAUGGUGUUGGUCAGUCAACUACUAAAUCCUUACCAUUGAAUAUUAGAUGUUCACCAAGACUUAAUGGUGAUUUAAAAGAUGAAGUAACGAAUAGAUUAGGUGAAGAAGUUACAUUACUUAUUGAUGUUAUAGCCUAUCCUAAACCUCGUUUUAAAUGGAUACAAGAAUCAACAAGACAAGAAUUAACACCAGAUACAACUCAACAAGUAGCUACCAAUAAUUAUAUUUCAAGUUUAACAGUCACAAUACAACAAUCAUCAUUUGAUAACUACAUUGUAACUGUUAAUAAUAGUAUAGGUGGUGAUAAAAGUUACACUAUAAAGAUUAUUGAUGGUGAUCCUGUAACAAAAGUGGAUCCUCGUGAACAAUCUGGAUAUCAGGAAGGUUUAGGAACUGGUAUUGGAAUUGGUAUUGGGAUAUCUGCUGUUAUUGUAAUUCUGGUUUUACUGACAAUAUUUAUAUAUAGAAAAUAUUAUCCAGCCAAUAAGAAAUUACCAGAAGAAAGUUAUGCAACGUUUUCUAAUAGAAUUCCAGAAGAUAGAACAUAUGAAGAUUUAAAUACCCGUCCUGAAGUUAAUGAUAACAAUCAACAUAAUUCUGGAGAUGUAAAAGAAUAUGAAAAUAUAAGAAGAACUUAA